GAGCUGACAGAGCUGGUUCGCAGCACCAUGGCGAACAUCUCCGUUUGGGAGAAGGUUUGGCAGGAAGUGCGAUCCGGCCUGGUAAGUUCUGUGGGUGCUGAAGCUGCUUUGUUUCCGUUAGACACCAUUAAACUUCAACAGCAAGUCUAUGGAGGAACUGCUGCUUCAGUCCUGAAGCGUUUGAUGGCGCAAAAAGGUUUGCGCGGCGUGUACCAGGGAUUGAUUGGGCGUUUGAUUCAGACCAUCACCUCCAACGUCGGCUUCUUUGUUUGGCAGACCGUCUUUGUUCAGCUCAGCCUGCGGAAAGUGCAAGUGACCGAGCCUGGUCGUGAAAAGCUUGGAACUGUCACAGCACUUAUCGUGAACAUGCUGGCGCAGCAGUUCAAUCGGCUGUUGACGACUCCGUUCGAUGUUGUGGCGAGUGUCAACCAGGCCGACCCAAACUCCAAGGGAUUCUUUCACACUUUCUACCGCAUUGGGAGCACUGGAGGCAUGGCUGACCUGUGGCGAGGGCUUCCAGUGGCCUUGUUGCUGUCCUUGAACCCUGCAUUGAUGUUCACUCUGGUUGGAAAGCUCUCCGACGCGCUCAAGGCGGUUCGGAACACGCCUCCUGAGGGUUUCUUGAGCUCCUCGGACAUGUUCUGGAUCUCGGGCAUCUCCAAGGCAGUCGCCACGCUGCUGACCUAUCCCUUGAUCCGGGCCAAGGCGGUGAUUCAGACCACGGGAGGUGAUCAUCAAGGUCUAUGGGGAAUGCUGGCUGGCAUCGUGCGCAACGAAGGCUGGCUCUCCCUCUACCAAGGCGUUUGGAUCAUGAGUUAUAAAACCGUGCUCUUCAACUCCUUGAUGAUGGCCUUGAAGCAGAAGGUCUCGCUGUUGUUGAUGCAGUGGGAUAGAUUCCGAGAUCGCAAGAGAAGACAGGAGAAGAGGGCGCUGCUGGAAGGACAAUUCCGCCAGAGUGUGACCCCCUGCUGCAGUUGCGAGAUGCCAUGGGAAGCAGCCGCACGAGGCUCCACGGUGAUGUAUGUGGAUGGUUCCUGGUGCUUCCUGCACGAAGCACAGGCCCACAUUCUCAAAGAAGGCAACAGAUUAGCUGAUCACCUGGUUGUUGGUGUGCAUAGCGAUGACGUUCACCAGGAGUCUGUUGGCACUUGGCCCGCAGAAUGCUACGCCGCACGGCUUGGGCGUUUGCGAAGAAAACCUUGGGCUGCGACAAUUCUGGAAAAUGCACCCUGGGAGGUUUCUGCAGAACUGCUGGACGAGCUGAAGAUUGAAAAGGUCUUGGGCGGAAGCAUCACGAAGACCGAGGACUGCACAGGUGGCUCACCCAAGUCUCCAAGCAAAAAUAGGUCGGAUGCGCAGGUCAUUGUGGAUCCAUAUGCUGAAUGUAAGAGGCACUUGAUGCUUGAAGCUUUGUGGCGAAACACCUUGAUGGAGCUGGGUGUUUUUGAAGAAGUUCCCUCCUUGAAUGCCUCCACGGAGCAUGAUGAGUGGAUGCGCAAGGUGAUGAAGAUCGCCUUUUCAAAUGUCGAUGCUUCCAUUGACUGGCGGAUCCUUGCUGCUUGGCGCAGGGAUUGGUGCAUAGACUUGUUCAAGAAUGGAAACCCAAAUCUAUGCCUAUUUUCAGGGAUCCCAAUGAUGCAAUCCAGAGUCGGAUCUAAAAUCCUAUAA